GAUAGCAUCGUGUGCGGGGAGGGCCACAGAGAGAGAGAGAGGGAGAGAGAGAGAAAGGGAGAGUGAGUGGCUACCUAGUUAUCGGGGAUCUCAUUUUUUGAUUUACCGGUCUCAUCACUCGUAUAUAUGUCUCCCUAUCCUCCUCUGAUACAUGAUGGAAGUGAACGUACCCCAGUGUUGAACCACCAGGGAACAUGCUUGAUCAGAAACAGAUGAAGCGAAUUGUUAGAAAGCUCUUUGCCUUAAUAAAAAAGGGUGAUUAAGAAAUAAAUAAAUAAAUAAAAAAUUUUAACUCCAUUCCAGUAAGCCAGAUUAUACGUGAUACCCAAACACACACACAUACGCACAAGACACUUACAAAAGAACGCGCACACGCACGGAAAGACGUACACAUACACACAAACAAACAAACAAACAAACACGAAAAAGCCACACCACAUGUGAAGAAAUGCAUUCCAUUUCCCGCGACACAUCAGCUGAUGAUGGCUCCGUUGCCAUGGAAACGAGCGCGAAACGUCAAUCCAUCUAUUAUCAUUAAAGCAGGAAAAAGGGAUCCACAGCCAGCCAUAUGCUGCCAUUAGAUACUCACAGUUUAUGUGGUGACUGACUUUAAAAAAAAAAGAGAGAAAAGAAAAAGAAGGAAAAGGAAAAAAGUGUUCAUUAUAUUGGGAAAUAAGAGAGUUGCCAUCACAAAACUUAAUUCUGGAAUGAUGAGAAGAUUACCGCUCCCCCACCACUGCACCUUCCUCUGCCUAGCGGUACUUCUGCUGUGUCUCCUCCGUCCAACUGCCGCAGCGGAUGUCGUGGAAGAAGGGGAGCCGCGAUUCGUGGCCCCGAUCGAGAACGUCACGGUGUCCGUGGGUCGCGAUGCCAAACUUUCCUGCGUCGUGGAAAACCUCCAUGAUUAUAAGGUGGCCUGGAUGUACAAAAGGAAGAGCGAGCGGACCGUGCUGACGGUGGCGACGCAGGUCAUCACCAAGAACCCCAGGGUGUCCGCAGUCCAGGAGGCGCAAGCCUGGGUUCUGACGAUCAACCAGGUGAAGAAGGAGAACCAGGGUGUUUACAUGUGUCAGAUUAACACGAAGCCUAUCCAGAAGCAGUUGGGAUACCUCCAUGUUGUAGUCCCUCCCGUCAUCGACGACGAAACGAGCAGUGGUGACGUCAUCGUGGACGAAGGCGAGGACGUCAUGAUGACGUGUGACGCCCGCGGCGACCCUCACCCAGUCAUCCGGUGGGUGAGGGAGAGGAGCGCCAACAUUAGUCUCAAUUCUUCUAUGGUCG